AUGUAUACCUCAAAACAACAAAAACAAAGACCAGAAUUACAAAAGGUUUUAUCAGAAGAUUCGGAAGAAGAAUUAGACUUAAAAUUUGAGGAAGAAGAAGAAAAUAGUAGUGAUACCGAAGAACCAGUAGUAUUCCACCUUUCACAAAAAUCCAGCGCAACAAAUAUUAGAACUAAGUUUAGUAAUAAACCACCUUCAACUGGAGAAGAAUAUUUAAAUAUGGUGAAAUCAGAAGCAAAUAAAAUUCCUAAUGUUUUUGUUGCUAAAAAAAAUAUUCGUGAAAACGUUCGUGAAAAUAUUCGUGGUGGUGGUAGUUUAAGUUGGGCAAAUACUAAAACUACAUUAAUUGAAGAACAAGAUAAACAAAAUAGAGAAAAUGGAUUGGUUAAUGAAGAAUGGGAAAAAAUAUUUUUAGAAAGAUUUGAAAAUCCUUUAAGUCCUUUAGGUGAAGGUUUUGAAAGUUUCGGAAGUUUCGGAAGUUUUGGUGAAAGCUUCGGUGGUGGUAAUAGUGGUGGAGAUACCGGAAUGACCAUCACAAAAUCUCAAUGGAUUUUCGCUUUACUUAUUAGAAUUGAUCAACUCUUGACAUCAAAUCAAAUGGUAAUCUUAAGAGAAAUGUGUAGAAAAUGUAUUACUAUACGUAAAAAUUUGGUGAUACGAAAAGAUUUGAUGAAAGAAUUAUUUACGGUACGGUUAUUUUGA